UAUCACCAAUUUGAAUCUCCAUCUCAACCAAAUUGAAUGAAGUCCCAAAAAAUCCUUCGUUUGAACGGUAAUUAAUUAGUAAUCUAACCAGAAUUUUAUAAAAACCAACUGAAGAAGCUUUUGACUUGGAAAUUUGCUUUCUAUAAUGAAUUACUUUGGUACAAGGAUAGUGUUACAGAAUAGGUGUGCAUCAGCACGACCAAAAGUCCUUCGAUCGUUUUCAAAUUGCCAAGCUUUUCUUGCAAAGCCAGAACCAUCCCGACGUCGUUUGGGACGUCCUGGAAAUCAUUUAAAAAUUGGUAUUGUCGGGAUGCCCAAUAUAGGAAAGUCAACGCUUUUUCAAAUGCUCACCAGGACGACUCUUGGCAAACCGGCGAACUAUCCCUUCGCCACUAUUGAUCCGGUUUCUGCAAAAGUUCCUGUUCCUGAUCCCAGGUACGAGUUGCUUUGCGAUAAAAUGAAUCCAGCAAAACGAAUUCCAGCACAAUUGAGUAUUUAUGAUACCGCAGGAUUAGUACGGAAUGCAAGUAAAGGUCAGGGAUUGGGAAAUGCUUUUCUGUCCAACAUUCGAACCGUGGACGCCAUAUUCCAGCUUGUUAGAGCAUUUCCUGAACCCGAUGUAACUCACGUUGAAGAAACAGUGGAUCCUAUUCGAGAUUUACAGAUUAUCCAAGAAGAACUUCUUUUGAAAGAUGCUGAGUUCGUAGAGUCAUUCCUUAAGAAAGAAAGUCGAUCUUCUAAGGUACCUGCUAAAGCAAAGGAAGUCGCAAAAAAAGUUUUGCAGUGCGUUUUAGAUAAUGGUUGUCCUGUUUCUAAGUGCUCUUGGUCGGACGAAGAAGUUGGGUUUCUCAAUUCAUUCAAUUUGCUUACCGCCAAGCCUGUCGUAUACCUAGUGAAUAUGGAUGAAGAUGAUUUUUUACAGAAAAAAAAAGGUCCUCUUCAAAAAGUUGAAUCCUGGGUAGAAAAGUUUAGUCCAGGAGAUUCCGUUCUUCCUCUCUCUAUUAUUUUCGAAGAACAGCUUUUUCUGCUUACACCUCAGGAACUUGAAGAGGAAUGCUCCACAUUACAAGUUUCUAGUCAGUUACCAAGCAUCAUCCAAGCUGGAUACUCAGCUCUUUCCCUUAUGCAUUACUUUACAGCUGGAAACAAUAUUGUCCAAGCGUGGACGGUUCCCUUGGAUACAAAGGCUCCUGACGCUGCUGGAGCUAUCCAUACUGAUUUUAAGAAAAAGUUUGUAGCUGGCGAAAUUACCGACUUUAAGGACUUUCUGCAAUAUGGUACAUUGGAAGCCUGUAAAGCAGCUGGAAAGACAAUUGUUAAAGGAAAAGAUUAUGUCGUUCAACCAGGCGACAUUAUUUAUUGGAGAAUUGCACGAUAAAGCUCCCUUUGCUCCCAAAAAAACAUUUAGAUAUAUACUUACAGUAAUUCGAAAG